GCAAACAAAUGCUUUGAAGCCUUUGACUUUGGCGAUGUUGCCAAUGCCAUAUACAACUUUUGGUUGUAUGAGUUGUGCGAUGUUUACUUGGAGGCAAUAAAGCCUCGUAUACAGCCAUAUGAAUCUUUCUCUGGUGGUGAAGGAAAGAAAGAGGAGGAUAUGCAUGCAGUUGCAGCUCGUGUAAGGGAUGCUCGUGUUGCGCAAGAAGUACUAUUUACAUGUGUAGAUAGAGGAUUAAGAUUACUACAUCCUAUUUGUCCUUUCGUAACAGAGGAACUUUAUCAAAGAUUACCCGAAAAUAACGCCAAGUAUGAAUCCAUUUGUAUCAGCGAUUACCCACAGUCUGUACUGGCUUGGACGAAUCCUGCGCUUGAUACUAAUAUGCAACAACUGCAGCAAAUUGUUGGACAUUUCCGAUCUUUGUUGGCUGCAUUGGAAAUUCCUCCAAAAGUUAAGCCGCAAGGCUAUGUAUUGUUGCGGGAUGAGGCGAAGGAGCAGAUGGGUUUCUUUAAAGAUACAGCACAGACAGUGGCGAUCUUGGCGAAAUUGAAGGAUGUUCAAUUCAUUACUGAUUCCCCUCCUUCUGGCUGCGCCUCCGACGUCGUAUCACCACAUUUAACAAUUUAUCUAUCAAUUAGUGAAGGAGUAAACAUAGCGCAGACGUUGGAGAAAUUGAAGAAAAAACAAGCAAAUCUAUUAUCUAGGAUGGACGUCUAUAUUAAGAAGAUCCAAGAGCCAAACUUCGAUAAGGCGCCAGAGGCAGUCCGUGAGGCGGCGUUACAGAAGAAAGCUGAUCUAGAGAAAGAAUUGCAGCAGCUAGAAGCAGCAAUUCAAGAUUUUACACCUUUACUUAAAGAGUAA